AACGAAAUCCCCCUGCCCCACGGAAUAUUGGGGAAGCUUCCGCGAAGUCAAGUAGAAAUUUUCUACACAAGAUUGCUCGCUCAUUUAUUUCAUAGAUCCAGGCGCCCCAAAUCCUCAUAUUUCCAAGUCUCUAGCCUCCAUUUUAGCAAAUCCCGAUUUCUACAGCAGAGAUAUCAAAGUAGAGAUCAAAACCAAAAUAUCAAAAUGAAGAAAAUGGUGUUAAAAUCCUCCAUCGAGGACGAGAAAAGCAAGAAAAAAGCCCUAAAGGCGGUUGCAGGUUUGGAAGGGGUGGAUUCUGUGGCUGUGGACAUGAAGGAAAAGAAAAUAACUGUAAUCGGGGCAGCAGACCCUGUGUUUCUGACAUCAAAGCUCAGGAAAUUUGCUUAUACAGAGCUUCUGACUGUGGGACCUACCAAGGAAGAGAAAAAAGAGGCUCCCAAACAGGAGCAGAAGAAGGAGGAGAAAAAAACAGAGCCGCCAGCAACAAUUUUUAUUCAUCCCAGCAGUUACAGUUACAGUCAUGACCACAGGCCUUAUCAAGACCCUGAAGAUAGUGAUGAGUAUAGCUAUUGCACUAUCUGUUGAAUUUUGAUAUGCAUUGCAUAUAAUUUUUCUUUUGUAGUUGGAAUUGGGAAACAUACAUUCAAAAUAGAAUGUAAAUGAAAGGUCCUCCCUUGAAAGACCCUUUAAUUUUGAGAUCCCAGAACCUAUGUGAGUUACUGUAAAAUGGGAAAUUCUACAAUUGAAAUCUUCCUAAGGCAGUUAUUUUAGAGAGGAAGAGUUUCUAACGGCUGAUGUUUAUUAGCCAUACUGAUGUUUUUCGGGUAAAACCAGAGCUUAAAUGUAAUGCCCAUGAUAACAAUCUGGGGACACGGCUGUAAAUUCAGUUAACAAUUACAAAAAUAACCAUCUACCAUAAGUUUCCGUCUCUGUUAAGCAA